AUGUCGACAAAUCUCAACAUUGAGAAUACGACGAUUCAAUGCCAUCCGCCUAGCGAUCAAUUAUUCUCAUUGGUAGCGAUUUAUAUAGUUCAAGGUGUCUACGGAUUCCUAUCGAUAGCGGUUUAUUGUCUCAACAUUCGCGCGUUGUAUCGCCAACGGAAUUAUCAUGACAAGACAUUUCGACUCCUCUACACCUACUGUGCAGCAUUUAGUAUCACAUAUUUCCUCGAUCACUAUUUGAUACGAAGAUUCGUGAAGCUCGGCUUCUUCUGCGAGGAAAUCUUAUAUCUAUUCUCCGAGCCUAAUUAUAUUCUCAAUCCUUACAAAAAAUUGGCGUCAUAUUGCCCAUUAGCGAUUCUAGUAUUCCACACGUUCAUUGCGGUCCAUCGAUUCUCGAUUGUGUUCCGACCGACGAAGGCCUUGCAGUUAUAUGAGAUGAAUCUCCUCAAUGGAAUUGUGAUCAUCGGUGUAUCAAUCCCACUGAUAUUCAUGUGGUUCAUGGUCCCAACGAGAAGCUACGCGAAACUCGACAAAGAAUCCGACGGCGGUUUGGAUAUUGAGUAUAAAAAAGUGUUCAAUAUCAGCUCAUCGCUGUUCGCGUGCAUCGCCGCCGUCAUAUUCGGCAUGAUCACGCUGAUAUGCACAAUUUUGAUGAUUCUCUACCUGCUGAAAUCGAAUGUGAGAAAGUUGCGACUCAACGAAAUUCGCAUGAUUAUCUUCGAAAUUUUUAUGGCUAUUUUCACUUUUAUUUAUGCAUUUGUGCAGGGUUUCCUUUAUUAUUCAAUUCAUAUGGUCAAAGAUUUAGCUCUCAAAGCGGUAAUUAUUCAAUUUCGAACAUUCGCCAUUGAUAUUUUCAUUUUGCCACAAGCAUGGACGUUGCUCAUUUUGAGCCCUAUGAUUCGCUCAUACACGUUCAAAUUCAUGUCAAACAAAUCUUCUAGCCUCCACCAUCCAAGCAACAUUGAGAACAGUCACAGCGGAAAAUCUACUAUCUCUCGGCCAACAACUGUUGUUUAA